CAGUCAACUAUUGUUCAUGGCUCAUGUUUGUGUUACAUCAUAGCUGUAGAUGGAACAGGAUUUUUUCUUUCAUUCUUUUAAUGUUUGAAGCAGCCCUUGCUAAAUAUUUGUUGUCUCCUCUAUGUAUGCCAGGUUGGUUUGCUUCUGCUUGAAUCUCUGUUGCUUCUUAGCUAUUUUUCCUUGUUCCACCCUGGGAACCAACCUGUCCUGCGAUGGGGAAAAAGCCCAACCAUUAUUCACAAGCGACCCUGAGUUGAUGCCAAUCUUGGCCGGCACGCUAGUUGCUGCCUGCUAUGGAUGUGAACAGAACAAGGGUGUGGUUCAACAAGAAGUCAGUAUGGACAUGCUUCUUUCAUUACUGAGGUCUUGUAGAAAUGCUUUGCCUGGAGUUCGAUCCAAUUCGAUCCUAGACAGUUCUCGAAUGGAUGAUUCUAGUGAAUGCAAUACAGUGGGACCUGAAUCUAGAAAACUUCUAAUGGACGUAUCUUUAAGACCCAGCCGUCAUAAUGCAAGAAGCACCCGGGGUAUUUUAGGUAAAGGUGUUGCCUCAGGAAACAGCCUCCGACUUGGCAAGAUGCGAAACCAAAGAGAUAGCAAAGGAUUAAAAACAUGUGAAGAAAUGGCCUUGAAGCACAAUAUGCAAGCCCCGGAAACUCCCUCUGCUUUGAUGUUGCACUUUAGAUUCCCUAGCAGCUUCAUGGAUAGAGCUGAGCAGUUCUUUUCAGCAGGGACUGCCAGCGUGGGUGAUGAAGUUUGAGCGCGUCCAGGACAGUAAUUCUAAUUCCCCUCCAAGUGAUGACAUCUGCUUUGACUCCAUAUGCAAGAUUGCAUCUAGGUAUUUCAAGGGAGGCCUGCGUCCCCUCCACAAACACAACAUUGGUAAGCUCACUAUGAUCAAAAGUGCAGAUUCUUUUGGAGAAUCCAUUAUCAGGACUAUAGUAUGAUGCUAACAUAUGCGUACUUCUCCCAACAUAGGGCUGGGAACCUUUACAGGAGUACACGGUGAAAUUUCUUCCAAUAGUAGCCAAGUUUCAGUUUGGAUUCCUGAGGGUUUUUGAGGCAGGCCAUACCAAAGUUCUGAAAAGUAGGUCAAAAUUUGGUUAACUUUGUACACAAAUUGUGAAGACACUUUGAAAUUUAAUAUCAAUGAUAACCAGGCGUUCAAAGAGCA